AGACCGACUCGCCGCUGUGCUGGCCGCCGGGGCAUGGGCCCCCCAACUAGGCUCCCGGAGGCCCCGAGGCGCCGCAAGAUGUGAGAGGCCCGCGUCGGGCACAGCCAGAGCUCGGGGAAGCGGCGCCGCGUAGCCCCCAGCCUCUCCGCGCCCGGGCGAGGUGGCGGUGCGCGCUGCGCCCCCGGGGUGCUGAGCGUCGGGGAGCGCCCGAGCCGGGGCCGAGAGGAGUAGCUGGCCGGAGACCGGGCUGUCAUGCCCUAUUGAUCCCCCGCCCCCUGCCAAGUAUGUUUGGGCUGGACCAAUUCGAGCCCCAGAUCAACAGCAGGAACGCUGGCCAGGGCGAGAGGAACUUUAGCGAGGCCGGAAUCAGCAUGAACGCCCACUUUAAGGCCCCGGCUUUCCACGCGGGGGGACCCCCGGGCCCCGUGGACCCCGCCAUGAGCGCGCUGGGCGAGCCCCCCAUCUUGGGCAUGAACAUGGAGCCCUACGGCUUCCACGCGCGCGGCCACUCGGAGUUGCACGCCGGGGGGCUGCAGGCGCAGCCGGUGCACGGCUUCUUCGGGGGCCAGCAGCCGCACCACGGCCACCCGGGAGGCCACCACCCCCACCAGCAUCACCCCCACUUCGGGGGCAACUUUGGCGGCCCGGAUCCGGGCGCCUCGUGCCUGCACGGGGGUCGGCUGCUCGGCUACGGCGGCGGCGCGGCCGGCGGCCUGGGCAACCAGCCGCCCUUUGCCGAGGGUUACGAGCACAUGGCGGAGAGCCAGGGGCCCGAGAGCUUCGGCCCGCAGCGGCCCGGGAACCUGCCGGACUUCCACAGCUCGGGCGCCUCGGGCCACGCCGUGCCCGCGCCCUGCCUGCCGCUGGACCAGAGCCCCAACCGGGCCGCCUCCUUCCACGGCCUGCCCGCUUCCAGUGGCUCCGAUUCCCACGGCCUGGAGCCCCGCCGGGUGGCCAACCAAGGGGCCGUGGACUCGCUGGAAUACAAUUACCCGGGCGACGCGCCCUCGGGACACUUCGACCUGUUCUCGCCCUCCGAGACCGAGGGGCCGCUGCCUCACUACGCGGGGGGCCGCCAGGUUCCCGGGGGCGCUUUCCCGGGCGCCCCGGCGAUGCCCAGGGCCGCGGGCAUGGUGGGCUUGUCCAAAAUGCACGCGCAGCAGCAGCAGCAGCAGCAACAGCAGCAGCAGCAGCAGCAGCACGGGGUGUUCUUCGAGAGGUUCGGUGGGGCCCGCAAGAUGCCAGUGGGCCUGGAGCCCGGGGUCGGCUCCCGGCACCCGCUCCUGCAGCCCCCGCAGCCGGCCCCGCCGCCGCCGCAGCAGCCGCCGCCGCCGCCGCAGCCGCAGCCGCCGCCGCCGCCGCAGCAGCCGCCGCCGCCGCCGCCGCCGGGGCUUCUGGUUCGGCAGAACUCGUGCCCGCCCGCGCUCCCGCGGCCCCAGCAGGGCGAGGCGGGCACGCCCAGCGGCGGCCUGCCGGACGGGGGCCCCAUGCUGCCCAGCCAGCACGCGCAGUUCGAGUACCCCAUCCACCGGCUGGAGAACCGGAGCAUGCACCCGUAUUCCGAGCCCGUGUUCAACAUGCAGCACCCCCCGCCGCAGCAGGCGCCCAACCAGCGGCUGCAGCACUUCGACGCGCCCCCCUACAUGAACGUGGCCAAGAGGCCGCGCUUUGACUUCCCCGGCGGCGGCGGCGGCGGCGGCGGCGGCGGCGGGGGCGGCGGCGGCGGCGGCGGCGGCGCGGGCGUGGACCGCUGCGCCUCGUGGAACGGCAGCAUGCACAACGGAGCCCUGGACAACCACCUCUCGCCCUCGGCCUACUCGGGCCUGCCCGGCGAGUUCACGCCGCCCGUGCCCGACAGCUUCCCCUCGGGGCCACCCCUGCAGCACCAGGCCCCGGAGCACCCAUCCCUGCAGCAGCAGCAUCAGCAGCAGCAGCAUCAGCAGCAGCAGCAGCAGCAUCAGCAGCAGCAUCAGCAACAGCAUCAGCAGCAGCAGCAGCAGCAGCGCCAGAACGCGGCCCUCAUGAUCAAGCAGAUGGCGUCGCGCACCCAGCAGCAGCGGCUGCGCCAGCCCAGCCUGGCCCAGCUCGGCCACCCCGGGGACGUGGGCCAGGGCGGCCUGGUGCACGGCGGCCCGGUGGGCGGCUUGGCCCAGCCGAACUUCGAGCGCGAAAACGGCGGCGCGGGCGCGGCGCGCCUGGGCGCCUUCGAGCCGCAGGCGCCGCACCUGGCGCAGGAGAGCGCGUGGUUCCCGGGCCCGCACCCGCCGCCCGGCGACCUGCUGCCCCGCCGGCUGGGCGGCUCGGGGUUGCCCCCGGACUGCGGCCCGCACGACCCGGGCCUGGCGCCGCCCCCUCCGCCGCCCGGGGGCUCCGGGGUGCUGUUCCGGGGCCCUCUGCAGGAGCCGCUGCGGCUGCCCGGGGAGGGCCACGUGCCCGCCUUGCACUCCCCGGGCCUGCAGUUCGGGGGCGGCCUCGGGGGGCUGGGCCAGCUGCAGUCGCCCGGGGCCGGGGUGGGGCUGCCCAGCGCGCCCUCCGAGCGCCGGCCCCCGCCGCCCGAUUUCGCGGCGCCCGCCCUGGGGGGCCAGCCCGGGUUCCCGUUCGGCGCCGCCAGCCGGCAGGCCACGCCGCACAGCGGCCCCGGCGUGAACUCGCCCCCGGGCGCGGGCGGGGCGGGCGGCGGCGCGGGCGGCGGCGCGGGGGGCGCGGGGCCCGCGGGGGGCGCGGGGGGCGCCUACCCGCCGGGGCAGCCCGACUUCCAGCCGGGCCAGCGCGCCUCGGCCAGCAAGCUGGGCGCGCUCUCGCUCGGCUCCUUCAGCAAGCCCAGCUCCAAGGACAACCUGUUCGGCCAGAGCUGCCUGGCCGCGCUGUCCACCGCCUGCCAGAACAUGAUCGCCAGCCUGGGCGCCCCGAACCUCAACGUGACCUUCAACAAGAAGACCCCGCCUGAGGGCAAGAGGAAACUGAGUCAGAACGAGGCGGACGGCGGCGGCGCGGCCGCGGCCGGCACCCCGGGCUCGGAUUACUUCCCCGGGGGGCCUGCCCUGGGCGCGCCCGGGCCCGGGGGCCCUCCGGGGAGCGCGAGCGGCGGCUCCAAGGCCUCGGGGCCGCCCAACCCGCCCCCCCCGGGGGACGGCACCAGCCUCUCCCCCAACUACACCCUCGAGUCCACGUCGGGGAACGACGGCAAGCCGGUCCCCGGGGGCGGCGGGCGCGGCCGGGGCCGCAGAAAAAGGGACAGUGGCCACGUGAGCCCGGGGACCUUCUUCGACAAGUACUCGACGGCGCCGGACAGCGGGGGCGCGCCGGGGGUGAGCCCCGGGCAGCCGCCCCCGCAGGCGCCCCCGCAGGCGCCGCCGCCGCCGCCGCAGGCGGGGCCGGGCGUGGCCGUCGGGGCCGGCGAGGCCCGGGGGGCGCCGACGCCCCACGAGAAGGCGCUGACGUCGCCGCCGUCGUGGGGCAAGGGGGCCGAGCUGCUCCUGGGGGACCCGCCGGACCUCAUGGCGUCCCUGGAAGGGGGCGCCAAGUCGGACCGUAGUUCGCCGCACGUGGGCGAGUUCGCCCCGGACGAGGGGAGCACCAGCUACGCCAACGAGGACGAGGUGUCGUCCAGCUCCGACAACGCCCCGGCGCUGGCCAAGGCCGGCCGCAGCCCCCUGGUGACGGGCUCGCCCAAGCUGGCGCCCCGAGGCGCGGGCGCGGGGGAGCUCGGACCCAAGGCGCCCGCGCCCGCGCUCGGCCUGGCCGGCCUGUCUACCUCUACCUCCACCCCGGACAGCUACGGCGGCGGCGGCGGCGGGGCGCACCCCGCCACCCCGGGCCUGGAGCAGGUCCGGACCCCGAGCAGCGGCGCCCCCGAGGAGAUCCACCCCCUGGAGAUCCUCCAGGCCCAGAUCCAGCUGCAGCGGCAGCAGUUCAGCAUCUCCGAGGACCAGCCCCUGGGGCUCAAGGCGGCCAAGAAAGGGGACUGCGCCGUCGGGGCGGCGGGCGCGCAGGUGGGCGACGGCGAGCUGGGCAGCUGCUGCUCCGAGGCCGUCAAGAGCGCCAUGAGCACCAUCGACCUGGACUCGCUGAUGGCCGAGCACAGCGCCACCUGGUACAUGCCCGCAGACAAGGCCCUGGUGGACGGCGGCGGCGCGGACGACGACAAGACGCUGGCGCCCUGGGAGAAGGCCAAGCCCCAGAACCCCAACAGCAAAGAAGCCCACGACGUCCCGGCCAGCAAGGCCCCCUCAGCACAGCCCGGCAGCCACCUGCAGUGCUUGUCCGUCCACUGCACGGACGACGUGGGCGACGCCAAGGCCCGAGCGUCCGUGCCCACCUGGCGCUCCCUGCACUCGGACAUCUCCAACCGAUUCGGCACCUUCGUGGCCGCCCUGACUUGAAUUGACAAGACCCGCCCUCUGUCCUGACCCCUGACCUGUCCCUCCCGCCUCUCUCCCCUCUCCCCUACCUCUCCUGGACCCUUGUCCUCCACCCCCUGCUCAUUUGAAAGGGCCACUAUUGCUGAGAGAAUGAUUCCCCCCAGCCCCCUAGAUUGGUACCUGCUUAGUGGCAUAUGGACCGAAAAGGGUUAAUUUAAAGGGAUGGGGGAAAAAAAAACCUUAAUUUUUUUUUUUUUAAAGAAGAAACUCGUCCGCCACACUAUGUUAGCAGUGUUUACCCUUCUGCAGUUAGCAAACCUUUGCUUAAGUCUUUUUCCUGCUAGAGAAUUCCCCAUUUUUCUGUAAUCUUGGCAUACUUUUUUUUAGAUGACCUCUUUCCUUGUUUUAUUUUUAUGCUGCUGUAUGUCCAAGUAUCGUUAUUCCAUAAUGAGACAAGAGUUGCUUUCCUUUUUUUUUUUGAAAUUCUCUUUUAUUCUUGUUGCUUUUUCCCUCUUCCACUGUCCUCCUGACCGCUCCCCUUCCUCCUUCUUUUCUUCCUCCUCCUCCUCCUUCUCGUCUUCCUCCUCCCUCUCACCCUCCUCCUUCUCUUCCUCCACCCCCUUCUCCUCCUCCUCCUCCUCCUUCUUUUGCUUUGUUCACUGCUUAUUAAAAAUGGAAAUCCUGAAGAACAGUCGUUCUGGAAUAUUGCCGGGUGAAAGUCGAAUUGUCAUCACCGCAUUCUAGAUUGGCACCCAACUGUCCUUGGGUCCCCAACAGCCCUACAGUGAAGGUCCACCCAACUCCCCCGACUUAGCUCUUCAGCCUGGGACUCUGUUUUGUCUGCGCCCUGAGAAAAUAGAUAUCU